CAUCGCCACAAUCAUGUGUGGGUUUACAAUCUCUCCCGCCCUCUACCUGGAGAGGGGCCGAUGGGCGGUCACUUUACUCAUCCUGAUGUCCUUUGCCAUGGCGAUGUUCCCUUACCUGUACGCCAUUCAGAUCAUCUUCAGCAACCCGGCCAACGGCGUGAUCUCCAUCCUGUGUUUUAACGUCUUCGUAGGUAAAUAUGUUGCUUUGUGUGAUGCAUUUGACGGCCAAUGGCGUAAUCUCAACCUUGUGUUUCUAUGAUUGCUGGGACCACCAAGGUGCGGCACGCCUCUAGUGUGUGUGCUGGGGGCCACAAGUGCGUGGCACGCAUGUAAUGUGCUUGCCGGGGGGGGGUCACGAAUUCACGUUUCGCCUGUAGUGAACGUGCCUGGGGCGUCAAAAAGCGGCACUCUGUAAUAUGCUUGCAGGAGUCAUUAUAGAGCUUAAUAUGGACCCCAAAAGGAGAAUGAAAAUAAUAGGAUGCACUCGUGUGACUAACAUGUAACGUUUUAUUUGUAUUUUUCUUUGUUCUUUUUUUUUUUUUUUUUUUUUUUUUUUUUUUUUGUUUUCACGGCCGCAGGCUGCUAAUUGUGUACCUGUUUAGAUUUUCCCAAGAGCACCAAUUCAGGCCAACGACGAAGCCCACCAUGCUCUCAUCUCAUCCUCAGGCGUGAUGUCGGCCUUCAUCUUGACCGUCUACAGAAUGGAAGAAGACGUGAACAGAUUCGUCGACUUGAUGCAUUGGAUUAUCGCAGUCAUAUCACCAAAUUAUGUUCUAACGAAAAUGCUCAUAAACUACGUC